AUGCCCAUGCAAGCACCACCUCAGCCACCGCAUCAUCACUUCAACUCGAACCCAAUGUCAGCCAUCAAUGCUCGACAGUCGCAAGGUGCAAGGUAUCCUCCAUCCUCAGUUGCUUCCGCCGCUUCCGCCGUAGGCUUCUAUCCCGCCAUCAAUGCUGUUGGCGCAUCAUCCGACGCAUACCCUUCAUCGCAGCUGCCCACCUCACCGCAAGCUACCAUGUCACCACCCAACGCGGCUCCCGCGAUUCAGCUGCUAGAUGCUCCCCUCUCGAGCCCACAAGAUGCUUCGUUUGCCUCUGCAUCCAGCUCGUCUCAGCCAUCUGGUUCGCGCUUUCGCCGUGCAAGGCCUGAUACCGAGGAAAUCAAACGCGUCGGCCGUUCGCACUACGUUGAGCUGCUCAGCUUCCUACGCAGCCACCUCGCCAAAGUAGAGCAGACCGCUCCGCGUUCCAAUGCCCGCGAAAAACUCACUCGUCUCAGCAAGCAGCAGUUUACCGAACUCUCCACCGACGUCUACGAUGAGCUCAUGCGACGCCAGAACAACGCCAAAAAUGGCAACAGCCAGCCAUUCCUCGCCGUUCGUGACGAAUUCCAUCCCAAACGCAAUCAGGCCAGGCAGAAGCUUGCCACGUUGCCCAAAAACCGCUUCAAGGACCUUGCCUCGGACGUGUUUUUCGAGCUGGAACGCAGAUUCCCCGAACUCAAGCAAGAGUUUCGUCCAGACGCUAUCGCACGCGAAAAGCAGCGCGAGCAACUCAUGCGCCAGCAGGCAGAAGCCGCCUUGCAACGCAACGACUCGAUGGCUCAACCCCAGCCGUCCACCUCGGAUCGCAUCGUACCCGCAAAGAGCACACUUGUCGAGGAAGACAUUGCAGUGCCCUAUUCGGCCAACGCCUCCAAGAGAAGCAACCGCAGCAACGACAACGAUGCGCUUUCCGAGCGUGUCUCUUCGCCCUUGCGUGAUUCCAGCGGCUCAAACGGCGUCAACGGCAUAGCUGACAACCGUAGCACCAUGUACAGCCAAGCAAGCAGUUUGGGCACCGGCUUCUACAAUGGCUACGCAGGCAGCGUCGCCCCAGCAAGCGUCGCCAGUCCCAACCUGGCUCGAAGCAGCGCGUUUGAGUCGUCGUUGGAUGCCAGCUCGUCGGCUGCCACGGAAAAGAUGCGAUCCGACUACGAGCUUCGCAUCGCCAAGCUACAGCAGCAGCUCAGCUCGCUCGAAUCGCAAAUGGCCGAGGCCGCGCCGCGAGCGCGCAAGGCCGACGAGCUUGCUGGUCGUAACGAAGAGCUCGACCGGCAGCUCAACCAGCUGCGAGCCGAACUCGAACAAGUCAAGCAGAAGCAUCAAGAGGAGCGCGAAUUGCAUCGCACCAGGAUCACCCACAAGGACUCGGAGCUGGACGGCUUGAAGAGCCAAUUGAACCAAAAAGCGGCAACGGACGGCGCAGCCGAUUUCGAAGCGUUGCAAAAGCAACACGCGCAGCAAAACCAGGUGGUCACCGAACUCAAACAAGAAGUGAGCAACCUGCUGGAUGAGCUUCGUGAGCUUUCGGCACGCACCGACGAAAUGCAGGCCGAUCGUGAUAACGACUUGGUCGUCAUCAAAGACCUCAACGCGCAGAUGGCGCAUUACAAGCGUCUCUACGAGACGGCCAAGACGGAGCUGCGCAAUCUCAAAGCGACCUCGCAACUCUACGUACAGCCGCCCAAGGCCGACGACUUUUUGCCCGCUUCGGAUAAGGGGGCGAUCGCCGAUGUCAACCUGACCGCCUUCCAGAGCUCGAUCGACGAUCUAUUGGCGGCAGCUCGAUCCAAGACGCCGAGCAAUGUGCUGCUGUCGAUGAAGGAGGUGGUGCUUGCGACGACGCUAGUGACCGACGACGUGGCCAAGCACGAACAGGUUGCAGCCAAUCUGGCCGAGCUGUCGGCUGAAGAGCAGGAACAGCUGAUGGCGCUCAAGUCCAAGUGCUCGGCCACGCUCAACAACCUAAUGACGGCAUGUCGCAACCACGCUUCUUCGCACGGCCUUUCGCCGGUCAGCUUGCUAGAUGCGGCUGCGAGCCACGUGUCGGCAACCAUUGUGGACCUGGUGAAGCUGCUCAAGGUGCGCAAGGCAAGCAAGGUCGAGACGGACGAGUUCCAGGCCAAGUUUGGACACGAGGCGGCAGCGACGCGUCUCAAGCCGCUGCACAUUAAUGCGCAGGCGGCCAACCGGGAAGCAGGCGCCACGUUGUCGCCCAACACGGCCAACACAUACAGCUUUGCGAGCCUCAAUCCGAGCUCGGCGGCAGGCGAUGACCGCUUCUCGCCGCGCAUUCGCAACAGCCCAACCAUGGGGCGCUACUCACCAAUCGGGUACAAGGCCGAGGCGAUUCGCAAAGACUCGGGCGGAGAACAUCAGUGGCGGAGCCGCGCAACGUCGAUCUCGUCGUCGGUGGGUAGCGCACAUGCAGGCGCUCACGCGAGCACGCUCAACGCGUCUACGAUGCCCGAAAUGCCCACGCUGGAUGGUGCCAAGCGAUUUGCAAGCGAGGUGGCGGUGACGGCGGCGGCGGCAACAGCAGCCGACGGCGUUCUGGUGCCAAGUGGAACGAUGUCGCCGUCACCACACUCAAGCGACGACCAAGUGACGAGGUCCGAGACGUACGACAGCCUCCAGACGGUGACAUCGGCGAGCGGAAGCGGGUUUGGUAGUCAAAAUGGCGAGGAGAACUGGUCGGAGCUGCGCAACUACAUUGAAGUGCAAACCGAGGCAAUCGUUCACUCGAUCCAGGCGCUGCUAUCAGCGAUCCGAGAGGGAGCGCAGGGGGUGCAGCUGAGCGAGAACCUGACGCAGAUUACGACGAUCGUGUCAUCGAUCGUAGCUAUCUCAAAGGGCAACGUACCUGCCAAGAGCAAGGCCGAGGGCGAGAGAAUCCUGGACGAAUUGACGGACAACUGCGAAAAGCUGAGCGAGAUGCAGAGCCAGGAUAGGUUUGACAAGAGUACCAAGUCGAGCAUGGCGAGUGCGUCGUAUGGCGUCGCAAAGGGGCUGAAGGCGCUCAAUGCUUUGUUCAACGAUGCCGAUGUUUCGCACUAG